AAAAUUGUUUAGCUUUAUUUUGUACAUAUUGUUUUUUUUUUUGUUUCAAUAUUUCCAUGUUAAAUUUGUUAUGAUUUGAAAUUCUUAUGAAAUGAUAUUUUUAUUUAAAUAUAAAGAAGCGUGUUUUGCGUUAAACUAGUCACUCAGUUUUUGAGACAUCGAUCCGCAUACAUCCUUUCCUCCUCCAAAAACUGCUCAUUUGUCGGAAUAGCUGAUAUCGGACCACUAUAACUCAUAGCUGCCAUACGAACUGAACGAUCAAUAUCAAGUUUUUGUAUGGAAAACUUUUUAUUUGACAAUAUAUCUUCACGAAAUUCGGCAUGCAUUGUUUUUCAAGACAACGCUAUAAUUUCCGAACAAAUUGCUUAGAUCGGAACACUAUAGGAUAUAGCUGCUUUACUAACUGAACGUUAAAAAAAAGAAAGGGAAUAUUUUUGUGAGGGGUAUUAUAGUUUCGGUGCAACCGAAAUUGACGUUUUUUCUAGUUUUAUAUUACAUAUUUCAUAUACUAUACCUUAAGAUAUAUAGCACUACUAAACUUAAUAAAAAACAUAUUGGUAAAAAUUUCAGCUAGAAAAUAUUAAGCCAACAAAAUUAAAUAACAUUUAGCAUUUAUAACCAAAGCUAGUCAAUUUUACGGUAUAUUGCAUAAAUUCUCAAGUAAUACCCAUAUUUUUAUAAACAACUCAGUGCGCAAGUCCAUCACAUGUGCCGGCACAAAAAAAAAUUUUAAGCAGCCAGCAAACAAUAAUCAGCCUGAGGCAUGGUACAUUGGCAUCUGUAGAGAAUGCAGUCAGACAGUCAAACUUUUCUCUUCGACGUAUAUAAACAAAUUGGGAGAGCGUGGAAAAGCCGGAAAAGCACAUAUGCAGAAUAUUAAUUGAAAAGAAAUACAAGCAAACAUUCAAAAAGUUAGCCUGGGAAACAUAUCUAAAAUUAACAUAAAAAUUAAAAAUAAAUGAGUUAAAGCAAACAAACUUACAUAUUUUAAAUGCACGCAUUAUUCGGCAAGUGCACUCACAGUUUGGUUUAGAAUACUUAUUAAGCUAAAAAGUGAAAAGAAGCAAAGGAAAGUCAAAGCAAAACUAUUUGGUUAAAUAAUUCUAUAUAAACCUAAUAGAAAUAUAUUACAUUGUGUUAAGGUAAAAAAAAAAUCGCCAAAACGCCGUACCAAACGAAAAUGGAGCGCAAAUUGCUAUACGCCUUUCGGGGCUGGAUAGCAUUUGUCGCAUUUAUGGAUUUAGGAACAGCAUUUCGUAGUUAUAUAGAAAGGAGGAGCUUCCUUGGGGAUCAUACGGACACACAAUUUAUUGAAGGCGAUUAUACAAUAUCCCGCAUAAUUGGCAUGUAUUGCUUGCUAAAAGCGAUUGCAUUAGUUCAUUGCACGCUCUACAUUCACUACAGACCAGUUGUUAGCAUGGGUGGCUGCUCAUUGGCUUUAACCAUGGUUCUCUAUGCUUCUGAAGCUUUAUAUUUCCGUUCGAGUACAUUGAACUUUUAUGUGAUCUUCCCCUGCGUUCUAAAUUCAAUAACUUUAAUUGGACUCAUUUACAUACCGAGACGUUUACGCUUGUGGGAGCCCAGCUCAGAUAUGGAUGAUGAAAACUCGCAAUUACUAAAGCAAAUGACUGGUUUCAAACGACGCCGCACGAAAAAACAAAUAUAAAAUUUGGAAAAGUUCUAAAAAACAUAUAUAUUAGAGUGAUAUUUUCAUGAAUGCAAAACAAUUUGAAACACUUAAACGAAAUCUUUUUGAAUAUGAUUAUCAGAUAAAAACAAAAAGUAAAAACAUAUUAAAAAUUACAUUGCAGUAUUAGUUUGAAAAAAAAAAAACCAUACAUGGUUUUAAGAGCAGGAACUAUUCAAGAUUAAUUUAAAUGCAUGUAUAUUAAACACUUAAUAUUGUGUUGGCAAAACAUUUCAAUUCUAUAGUAUUUAAAAACUUGUAGAAGUAAGGACAGCAUAUGUAACUAAGUAAAAAUGAUCAAUUAAAUCCUAAACACUUAUUAUCAAAACUUCCCAAUAAGUAAAUAUAUAUUGUACAUUUAUAUAAAACUUGUACCAAGCACAUCGUCAAUUUAAACAUUAAUUAACAAUACACUUUAAUAUCACGAUACCUAUGAAAACACUUAUAUGAAACCGUAAUAAAUUCGGCAUAAAUAAAUUAUUAUCAAGCAUGCAAUAACAUAAAAAGGUAAUAGUCAGUUAUAUAGCCAUUUUAAAUAAAAACAUUUUUAAGAUGAUAAAGCAAUAAUAGAAUAAAUAUGUAGUUGUAGAUGCAAUAUUUUAUAAAAAUUAAAUGAUCAAUAAACACUGACCGUAUAAAUUUACUGUAAACCAUUUUAUGUUGUCUCCAUCUAAUAAUAAAUUUCUAAUACUCUAAUAUUAAAAGAA